AUGGCUGGUUCCGAUGGUUCUCAAGGCCCUAUGGUCAUGGGUAUCUGUGUGGCAUUUGCCGUCUUGACCUUCAUUGUUUUAACUCUUCGUCUCUUUGCGCGCAUUUAUGUCUUAGGUCAAAUGGGUAUUGACGACUACCUCAUUGUUGGUGCUUGUACACUGUCAUGGUCAUUUAUUGCUGUCACACUUGUCGCGGUCAAACAUGGACUUGGAAAGCACAUUCAGGAUGUCGACCAGACCGGGAUGAUCAACUAUGCUUUUGCCGUCUGGCUGAGCUCUAUGUUCUAUCUUGCAACACUUGGGUUCGUCAAAACCUCCGUCUUGUGGUUCUAUACUCGCCUUGGAGAUCGCUAUCUCACUCGCCUAUCCUGGGUUAUGAUGGGAGUUAUUAUGGCACAAGCCACCUCAUUCGUUCUCGUGGCUGCAUUCCAAUGUCGACCCAUUAGCAUGGCCUGGACUGGCACCGGACCCGGCAAAUGCGUCAAUAUCAACCUUUUCUACCUGUGCAACGCCGCUCUGAACAUUGUCACCGAUCUCUUAACCUAUACCUUGCCCAUUAAGGUUAUCUUCCAUCUCCAGAUGCCUCAGAAACAAAAACUUGUUCUGGCCUUUAUCCUCUGUCUUGGUCUUUUCGCUUGCAUUUCCUCGAUCAUCCGAAUCACCUACAUCCCUACCAUGCUGAGCUCGAAGGACUCCACGUAUGCCAUCAGCGGUGCCAUGUACUGGUCAGUCAUCGAAACCAACAUCGGCAUCUUUGCUGCCUCAAUCCCGUCAUUCAAGGCGAUUGCCUCCCGCUUCCUGCCCCGCUUCAUUGGCGAAUACAGCAGUGGGAAGAAAUAUGGCCCCUGGUCAAGCCACACCACUUCCCCCCGGUAUCCAUCUGGAUUCGGCAAGGUCAAGGAUCCAAACAGCAUCACUAUGAUCACAGUCAACGGCAAGGAGGAUAUUCCUUUAGGUACCGAUAUUGGCGCGGCUAGCAACUCCAGCGAGGAGCGCAUUAUCCCCCAAGGCAAGAUCUGGGCUCACACGGAAAUCGAAACUACCUUCGAAAGAAAUGAUUGUGGAAGUGAGAGCUCACCAUCGCUCGAGCGGGAUCGUCGAUGA